GAGCGACUCACUUGCUGGUCUCUUAGCCAUUGUCAAUCAAUCAGUCAUUGCAGGGACAGCCAUAGACAAUUACUCUGGAGCUGGUCCGCCGGUCAAUCAGAAUCCAAUCGAAUCCGUCCUUGUGGUCGGUGGAUCCACCUGCCUGUACCACCUGCCACCAGCGCCCGGUGCGUUCUGUAGCCAAAUCACCGCAGGUGACGGAAUCCACGCCCCUGGGCUCCGCCCCCUCGUAGUCGCGCCCAGUCACAGAUCUGACCCUCCCAGGAGGGCCCUCCCCCGGGCCACAUCCAGUCACGGGCCCCGUCCUUCCAAAACAUUGCCCUAUCAGAGGUCAAGCUCUCUAGGAAUUCCCUACCCUUUUAAUGUCCCGCCCCUAUGACGGACCCAAUCGGAGGGCUCUCCCUCCCCGAAACCCCGCUCCCCGACCGGCUUUUCUCAGGCUUGCGCCGCUCUAGGCCGAAGCGGCGGAUGACGCAACCGGGCCGCGCCGCGAGAAGGUCACACGAUUCUCCAACAUGGCGGCGGCGGCGCUGCGGAGUGGCUGGUGCCGCUGUCCACGGAGACGCCUUAGCAGUGGAAUCCAGUUUCUUUCCAGCCACAACCUACCCCAUGGGUCCACCUAUCAGAUGUGCCGGCCGGGUGGAGAGCUGCCACUGUCCAAAUCAUAUUCUUCUGGAAACAGAAAAGGCUUUCUGUCCGGCUUGCUAGAUAAUGUCAAACAAGAAUUAGCCAAAAACAAAGAAAUGAAAGAAAGUAUAAAAAAAUUCCGUGAUGAGGCCAGAAGGCUAGAAGAAUCAGACGUGCUCCAGGAGGCCAGAAGGAAAUACAAAACCAUCGAGUCAGAAACCGUGCGGACGAGCGAGGUGCUACGGAAGAAGCUUGGGGAGCUGACGGGCACCGUGAAGGAGAGCCUUCACGAAGUCAGUAAAAGUGAUCUCGGCCGGAAAAUCAAGGAGGGCGUGGAGGAAGCAGCCAAGACGGCCAAGCAGUCGGCCGAGUCAGUAUCCAAAGGCGGGGAGAAGCUGGGCAGGACGGCGGCCUUCAGAGCCCUCUCCCAGGGGGUGGAAUCCGUGAAGAAGGAAAUUGACGACAGCGUCCUGGGACAGACCGGGCCCUACCGGAGGCCCCAGCAACUCCGGAAGAGAACGGAGUUUGCGGGAGAUAAGUUCAAGGAGGAGAAAGUGUUUGAGCCAAACGAGGAGGCCCUGGGGGUCGUGCUGCACAAGGACUCCAAGUGGUACCAGCAGUGGAAGGACUUCAAGGAGAACAACGUGGUGUUUAACCGGUUCUUCGAGAUGAAGAUGAAGUAUGACGAAAGCGACAACGCGUUCAUCCGGGCAUCCCGGGCCCUUACGGACAAGGUCACCGACUUGCUGGGGGGUCUGUUCUCCAAGACAGAGAUGUCGGAGGUGCUCACGGAGAUCCUCCGGGUGGACCCGGCCUUUGAUAAGGACCGGUUUCUGAAGCAGUGCGAGAACGACAUCAUCCCCAAUGUCCUGGAGGCCAUGAUUUCUGGAGAGCUUGACAUUCUCAAAGACUGGUGCUAUGAAGCUACUUACAGCCAGCUGGCCCACCCCAUCCAGCAGGCCAAGGCGCUGGGUCUCCAGUUCCAUUCUCGAAUCCUAGACAUUGACAACGUUGACCUGGCCAUGGGCAAGAUGAUGGAGCAGGGGCCGGUGCUGAUCAUCACCUUCCAGGCACAGCUGGUGAUGGUGGUCAGGAACCCCAAAGGCGAGGUGGUGGAGGGCGACCCGGACAAGGUGCUGCGGAUGCUGUACGUAUGGGCGCUCUGCCGAGACCAGGACGAGCUCAACCCCUACGCGGCCUGGCGACUGCUGGACAUCUCGGCCUCCAGCACCGAGCAGAUCCUCUGAGUGUGGUGCCGCAGCCAGGGAGCCCCGGGCUGGGUCAUCAGGCACAGAGGCACCGCAACACCACCUGCGGCAACUCCAGACCUCUGGGAAUAAGACUGCGGGCUCUGCCCCCAGCUCUGCCAGGACGGCUGCAAGACCAGCUGGCCCGGGAGGGGACAACGGGCUGCUGUGGGUGCGCGGCAGCUGGAGACACUCCCCGCCAGGGCCAACCCCUGCCCUGUUGCUCUGCCUUGCAGGGGUCCCGGUGCCUGGUCACCUGGGGUGCACACAGGCCACACAGUGCCAAGAGGGCCCAGGGACUCCCCCCACAGCAGGGUGGGACCCGGGACCCGCGGCUCAGUGGCCCGCUAGCCACGUCAGCCAAGCCACUUUAGGUCCAUUUUUUAUUUUAACAGUGCUCUUCCAUCUUGUGCAUAAGCCUGAGAUUUGGAAAGAAUAAAACACCGAAUUGCAGAAGAGCA